CCUCUCUCUCUCUCUCCCUCCCUCGCUCUGUCUCUCUCUCGCGCGCUUUCGCCCUUGUUGGCUCGCUCGCUCAGCAUCAUCUCCUCUCUGACUUGGGAUAGGAACGCAGUCUGUAGCGCGCAGGAGUAUGGGUCAGCCUACCUGCUCACUUUAUUUUCAUUUUUUCCCCAUAAGAAUGGGGCCAUAGUCGUGUUGUUGUUGUAACUGUUCGUCGUAUUUCAACCGAAUCUGGAGAAAGUUUUCAGUCCGAAGACAUGGAGACUGUCACUUUUGUCUUUGCGACCACAGUGCUCCUGUUCGCCGGAGGAAACAGAGUCGCCAGGUCAAUGAUGAGUGACGUUGGGGACUAUGUAGGCUCCGAAACAGAGAUUUCCUGGUUGCCUAAUCUGGAUGAGUUAAUGAAGGGUUAUGCCAGAAACUUCCGGCCUGGGAUAGGAGGCCCGCCAGUGAGCGUAGCCAUGGCGAUAGAAGUAGCCAGCAUUGAUCAUAUUUCAGAGGCUAACAUGGACUACACCAUGACGGUGUUCCUGCGUCAGAGUUGGCGUGACGACCGGCUGUCCUUUAACCACACCAACAAGACGCUGGGGCUGGACAGCCGCUUCGUGGACAAGCUGUGGGUGCCCGACACCUUCAUCGUCAACGCCAAGUCCGCCUGGUUCCAUGACGUCACCGUGGAGAACAAGCUCAUCCGCCUGCAGCCCGACGGGGUCAUCCUCUACAGCAGCCGGAUCACCUCCACUGUGGCGUGCGAUAUGGACCUCACCAAAUACCCCAUGGAUGAGCAGGAGUGCAUGCUGGACCUGGAGAGCUAUGGCUACUCCUCUGAAGACAUAGUGUACCACUGGUCGGAGAAUCAGAAGCAGAUCCAUGGGCUGGACAAGCUGGAGCUCUCCCAGUUCACCAUCAUCCACUACUACUUCCAUACCGAGACCAUGAACUUCAAGUCAGCGGGUCAGUUUCCGCGCCUCAGCCUGCGGUUCCAGCUGCGGAGGAAUCGGGGCGUGUACAUCAUCCAGUCCUACAUGCCCUCCAUCCUAUUGGUCGCCAUGUCCUGGGUGUCCUUCUGGAUCAGCCAAUCAGCUGUGCCUGCCAGAGUCUCUUUGGGAAUAACGACGGUGCUCACCAUGACGACGUUGAUGAUCAGUGCCCGCUCCUCCCUGCCUCGUGCCACGGCCAUUAAAGCUCUGGACGUGUACUUCUGGAUCUGCUACGUCUUCGUGUUCGCCGCGCUCAUCGAGUACGCCUUCGCCCACUACAACGCCGACUACAGCAAGAAGGAGAAGGCCAAGGACAAGAGCAAGAAGAGAGAGAGCGCGGAGUCCAUCGUGAAGAACGGGAAGCAGGCCAUGGUUCUGUUCUCGCUGUCGGUGGCCGGGAUGAACCAGGGGCUCCUGAUCCAGAACCGCCAGAACCGGGCCCAGCGGAGCGGAGAGGCGUUGGGGGCCACGCCCGGCGCGGGAGCGGGGGAGGGGGAGGGCGACGGAGGCUCCAGGAAGGGAGACGCGGCCGAGGAGGCGAAGUGCUGCCGCUGCAAACCCAUCGACGCCGACACCAUCGACAUCUACGCCAGGGCCGUCUUCCCCGCAGCAUUCGCCGCCGUCAACGUCAUCUACUGGGUGGCCUACACCAUGUGACCCCCC